AUGAAUCGUCCUCAAGUCGAGGGAGCCUUAUUCGGAAAAAGGCGUAGUGUGAAGAGGAUCGUUCGUAGGCCAGGUAUUGGUCUCGGCCUGCAGCAGACAAACAACAACGCCUUGAAUAAGACGCUCAAUCCCGACGAGAGCGCUGCUUCUCUUCAACUGGCAGCAAGUAGCCUUUCGCGUAUAGGAGAUGACGAAUGUGAAGUAGACGAGACGCAGUCGAGCAAUCAAUCGAGCGAAAGUCUGUCAACACUUUCCACAUCAAAUUCGUCGUCGACUGCAAAUGUUACAAAUACGUUGCUUUCAAAUGGGACGCUUUGUUUGCAGGACAGUAUUAGCAAUGCUACAAACACCACUGAUCUACCCUGCCGCGACAUAAACUCUAAGCGCCCAGGAUUUGGCAAUUCGACUGGCUCCUCUUCCAACUCCUCACUUCAUCGUUACAUCAAUCAAGCCGGGAAAGCUUCUGCCGUUAAAUACUCUCAGUCAAGUCUAAUUUCGCCAGAGGAGUUUGCAUCGGGUACAGAGAACUCGGAAAAUCCAACCUCUACUGGCACAAGCCAAUCCUCAGGCAGCACUGCCCUCUUUUCUAAGAUGUUCUUUGGCCCUGACGGAAAGGUACAAAGUGGAGAUUACGCAGCUUCCUUUCACAACUCAGAGGAAAAUCUUAUACCUGGCGGAUCGGGUACUGCAGAGUCCGAUCCUGGAAGUACAGGCACUCCGCAGUCAUUUUCAGGGUCAUCUUCUUCAGAGAUUCCCAGUGUGGGAACUGGGUCAGGCAAUGAGAAUCAUGUUUUCAGUCACGCUCUGGCUGACCAUACGAAUGAACAAAAUCCUGAUGAGAGCAUUAGUCCUCAAGCGAAUUACUACCUUGGGGCACAGCCGAACUUGGUUGCACAAGCAUCGAUAAGAAGUCCACACCCAUCUCCUCUACCACCGGCGGCUACUGGCCAGUCAACAAGUGGGAGUGGAAAUGCAGGUACACAACCAAAUAGCUCGGGUUCGACUGGGACGCAGACUGAGACGAACCCACAAGACGGCUCGCACUUGCAAAAUAGUGAAACUUUACCAGAUGACUACACUGGCCCUGUUGAGGCGUCGCUCACUACACCUACACCUGGCUAUCAUGUGACACAGGGUAGCUUGACAUCACCGAAUGCAGGUUCAGGUGGUGGAGGUGCCGAGAAUGAGUCCAGUGGUGGAAACACUGGAAACGCAGGGUCGAGUAGUGCAAAUGCCGGCGUACAGUCGAGUGCGCAGCCGUCAAAUCCACCCGAUAUUAUCACCAAUUCGCGACGUCGACCAGCUGGCGUAGCUGCUGGCAAGAGUCCGGCGGUCAAAGUACCAAGUGGUACUUUGGCGAACAGUGAGACCAAAGAUACUGGACAGGGUAGCUCAAGCUCGCCUUCACCUCAAUCUCCACCGCCACCUGAGAGCCCGAAUCCUUCUAUCGGAGCUUCCAAUCCUCCGACUGAAAGUACAAAUUCACAGGUUGGAACCUCGAAUCCAGAGGAUGGAAAAUCAAGCCCGGUAUCUGGCGGCUCCAACCAGCCUGCUACAAAUUCUAAUCCACAAACCAAUAAUCCAAAACCAGCCGUUGGAGUCACAAACAGCAAUCAAAGCCCAUCCACUGAUACAAAUUCUCAAAACCCAGGAACAAAUUCAAACCCAGGAGUCGCCAGCGUUCCUCCUGCCUCAUCAGGAGUUCCACCAAGCCAUCUCGCAAACCUCCAAGUCCAUGGCCAAGCCAUAGAGCAACAACCCAACGGUGACCUCAAAGUUGGCUCUCAAAUAAUUCCUAAAGGCGAAGCUGCAAACGUCGAUGGCGUCCCAGUCUCGAAUGGUCCAGAAGACGUCAAAGUCAACGGCCAAUCCUACAAAGUAGCUUCCACCCCUCCUGCCCCCGCCGCCGCACCAGCUCAAGCACAAGUGCCCAAUUUCUCCAUACCCAAAGACGGCUCCCCCUUCACAAUCCCAGUGCCUGCUGGAUCGACCGUCAAUAAGCCCGCCCUCUCUGCGGCACUUCCUGGUGCCGAAAUCUCCGUCCAGCCUAACGAUGCCGGUGUCACCGUAUCCAACUACCACCCACCAUCAUCUUCAUCUUCGCAAUCCAACCCUUCCACCGCCCCACCAGUAUCCUCUGCUGAUGAAGAUAGCGUCAAAGCCAAAGUCGCACAAGCAUUCACCCUCCCCUCCUCCACGGGCACCGGAGUAACCCCACCCUCCAUCUCCAUCCCCAAAGACAACGCCCCCUUCACCAUACCUAUCCCAUCAGGCUCCUCCGUCAACAUCUCCUCCCUUUCAUCCGCCCUCCCAGGCGCCUCUCUUACACCCUUACCCGACAACAGUGGUGUCAGCGUGACAGGGUACAAUCCAACCUCGCUCGCCGCCAAUGUUCCCCCACCAGACCAGAGCACCCUUCAAACCAAAGCCGCCGCGCUCAAGACUUCUAUCGCGCAAUCCUUCUCCCCCACCACUGGCUCCAACCCCGCAAUAGCUCCAGACAUCUCUAUUCCCGAUGAUGGCGCACCCUUCACGAUCCCCAUCCCCACGGGGUCUACCCCUCCAUCGGAAGCCGCAAUCAAAGCCGCGCUGCCAGGCGCGAAAGUCACCAAACUCCCCAACAACGCCGGCUUCAGCGUCGAGGGCUACAAUAUCCGCAACACCCUCUCCCUACCAUCUGGUGCUGGCAGCACAGACACAGCCACUCAAGCGAUCGCGGCCAAGAAGACUUCCGUCCAGAACGAGCUCAAAGCCGCGUUUCCUACAUCUACUACUGGCGCCACUUCAGACUCUGCGGUGGACCUACCAAAUCUCGAGAUCCCCACGAACUCCACCGAGCCAUUCACAAUCCCCAUUCCUGCGGGCAGCGACGUCGACAUCAACAAGCUACAAACGGCACUGCCGGGCGCGAAGCUUACGAAAUCAGCGGAUGGCAAGUCUGUGAGAGUCGAGGGUUUCAGUGUCGCUGGUGCUGUGCGCGAGGAUCAGGUGAGGGAGAAAGCUGAAACGGGGAUCAAAGCCGCUUUUCUCGCGCCGGAUGAUUCUCAGAAUCUUUAUGUCUGGGUGCCUGACGGUGGGGCGAAUUCAACCACCACUACUGGGACAGGGGGGACCAAUGCGACUGCUACGGCAAGUGGUUUCACGACCUUGGUGAGCCCGAGUGCGACUGGUACAGGUGUGCCGAUCGAUAACGGAAUACCUGCGCCCGAUGUGCCGAAUCUGGUGCCCGUCGCUGGCAACGGUGAUGGUGGUGGGGGUGGAGGGAAGAAAAACGCUGCGGUCAGACUCGCAGCUGGGCGGUGGUUGUGGGCGUGCUGGGGAAUUGGCGCGGGUGCCUUGGUGGUGCUGGAUUUGUAG